AUGGGUCUGCUUGCGGCUCUCUCAAAAUCGGCCGAGCGCCUCCUUGGUUCCCUACCGACUUGGCAGCUUGUCCUCCUCGGCUUUGCCGCCUUCCUCGUGCUUUCUGUGGUGUGGAAUGUUGUGAGACAAAUCUUGUUGAAAGAGAAAAACGCGCCGCCGGAGGUGUGGAGUUGGUUCCCGGUGCUGGGAAAUACGAUAUGGUACGGCAUGGAUCCCUUCGACUUCUUUUUCACAUGCAAAGCAAAAUACGGCGACGUCUUCACCUUCAUCCUGCUCGGGCGACGAGUAACGGUCUGCUUGGGGACCAAGGGCAACGAAUUCAUUUUGAAUGGCAAACUGAAGGAUGUGAAUGCUGAGGAGAUAUACACUGGAUUGACAACACCUGUCUUUGGCGCAGGCGUGGUGUACGACUGCCCCAACUCAAAAUUGAUGGAACAGAAGAAAUUUGUGAAAUUCGGCCUCACAUUGGAGGCGUUUCAAUCCUACGUCGACUUGAUUUCGAGCGAGACCAAGUCAUUCGUGGAGAAGGGUAAACCCUUUCGGUCCCAUUCCGGGAAAAUUGACAUUGCUCCCGCCAUGGCCGAGUUGACAAUCUACACGGCGUCACGGUCGCUUCAGGGCCCUGAAGUGCGGGCCAAAUUCGACUCGACUUUCGCCGACUUGUACCAUGACCUGGACAUGGGGUUUUCGCCCAUCAACUUUAUGCUCUCGUGGGCUCCCCUCCCGCAUAAUCGCAAACGAGAUAUUGCCCAGAGAAAGAUGGCGGACACGUACAUGGAAAUUAUCCGGCAACGACGCGCUGAUGGCGGCAAACGAGAAAAGGGGGAUCAAGACAUGAUCUGGAAUCUAAUGGGCUGCGUCUACAAGGACGGCACCCCUGUUCCCGACAGAGAAGUGGCGCAUAUGAUGAUUGCGCUUUUGAUGGCGGGCCAGCACUCAUCGUCGUCGACCUCGAGUUGGAUUCUACUGAGACUGGCGACGAGACCAGACAUCCAAGAGGAAUUGUUGGAAGAGCAGAAACGCGUGCUAGGGGAGGACCUGCCGCCCUUGACGUACGAAAAUCUCCAGAAGCUCACCCUCAACGCCAAUGUCGUCAAAGAGACGUUGAGAUUACACGCUCCAAUCCACAGCAUUCUUCGCAAGGUCAAAUCACCGAUGACGAUCGUGGCGAAUACCCCGACCUCGACGAAGACAUAUCAGAUACCGACCUCCCACACACUCCUUUCGGCGCCGGGCGUCACCUCACGAGAGGCCGAGUUCUUCCCUGAGCCAAUGAAGUGGGAACCACAUCGCUGGGAGGAAGGUCACCCACUUGCGUACACCCAACUGGGCCUGGAUAAAGAAGAAUUCGAGGACUACGGAUACGGCAUGAUCAGCAAGGGAGCCGCUUCACCUUAUCUUCCGUUUGGCGCGGGCCGUCACAGGUGCAUUGGCGAGCAAUUUGCCUACGUACAGCUAGGAGCCGUGCUCGCGACGAUGGUGAGAUUGGUGAAAUUUCGACAGAUUGAGGGUCAGAAGCUGGUGCCCACAGAUUACUCGAGUUUGUUUUCGAGGCCAAUGGCGCCGGCUGCGGUGGAGUUUGAGAAGAGAGAGAAGGUGUAA